AUGCCGAGCUUGGUAGCGCUCGGCCUUGCCGCUGAGCUCCUAGCUAUUCACGUCGCUGCGACAUUCGAAGGGAAUCUCAACUAUGACAGUCCUUCUCGUCGGCACGCUGGUCUCGGCAUUGACGUACCCCAUGUCUCUAGGCGCAGCCUUAAGCGCAACGCCGUCCCAUACCAGGCAGAGGAGCUAGACUUCACCCAUGGCAUAGCAUCGGGGGAUCCAUACCCCAACAGCGUUGUCCUUUGGACUCGGGUCGCACCGUCCCUUGCGUCAGAUCCCAGCAAUAUCACAGUCGAAGGUCCUGUGCCAAUGUACAGCCACGACACGGAGCAGUACAUCAGGGAGGACCCAAGCCCUAUCUGUGCCGAGUGGAAAGUCACCGCAAGCAAAAGCCAAGACGUCGUGUCAAGCGGCGAAGCCUACACAACUAGCGACAUUGAUUAUACUCUUAAGGUCGAGGCGACGGGUUUGCAGCCUUUCACGACGUACAGCUACCAAUUUACCAUAUGCGGGUCGAAUAAGACCAGCCCCGUAGGAAGAACGAAGACCGCGCCUGCGGCGGAUGCGGACGUCCCGGAGAUAAAACUCGCCGUCUUCUCAUGUAGCAACUAUCCCAACGGUUACUUUAACGCCUACGGCAAUGCCGCACGCAAGGAUGAGCAGGACUAUAUAGUGCAUCUGGGAGACUACAUCUACGAAGGAGCUGCCGGGGGCGAACGAGCUCACGCUCCGCCAAGACUUCUGUUCAGUUUACAUGACUACAGAACUCGUCACGGACAGUAUCGGACGGAUCCAGACCUGCAGCUUGCCUCUCGGAACUUCGCCUGGAUCGCAACUUGGGACGAUCACGAGGUUUCUAAUAACGGAUACCGCGACGGAUCAAGUGGCUUGAAUAACACCGAGGCGUCCUUCCUGAACAAUGGGAGGGUCAGUGUGGACCAGCGCAAGCUGAACGCCGUCAGAGCGUACUUCGAGUGGAUGCCCAUCCGCCAAGUGGACCUCGACGACAACCUGCGAAUAUGGAGGUCAUUCCAGAUGGGAAAACUUCUGGAUCUGAUCAUCCUCGACACGCGCAAUUACGACCGAAGCAUUACUUCGCUAGGGUGGAACGACGAGUACAUCGACCUCAUCCGUGAUGACGCCUCGCGCUCUCUGAUGGGCUCGCACCAGGAGAAUUGGUUCUACAACCAGCUGUCCAAGUCAUCCGACCGAGGCGCGACUUGGCGCAUCGUUGGCAACCAGAUCGUGUUCUCGCACAUCGUCGAGUCGUACGGUCUGAGCGGCGACAACUGGAAUGGAUACGUUGCGAAUAGGAACCGGACGUUGAAGCACCUCUAUGACAAUUCCAUCAGCAACACCGUCUUCCUCGCCGGCGACAGCCACCAGAACUGGGUAUCGGACCUAGUCUGGCUAGGCGAGAAGCCGUACGACCCGGAGACGGGCGACGGGGCGGUCGGGGUCGAGUUCGCCGGGACGGCGGUCAGCUCGACGGGGUACCGGGCGUCGAUCGCGCGGGCGCGGACGGAGGCGCAGUACCGGGUGGGCAACAACAGCGUGCUGCAGUGGCAGGACGGAUACUACCGCGGCUACUUCCUGCUGUCGCUGUCGCCCGACAGGCUCGAGGCGCGCUACUACGGCUCGCCGAGCGUGGCGACGCGGAACUCGUGGGAUCUGCCCCUCGCGAACUUUACCGUCGUCGCCGGCGAGAGCAAGCUCGCUCGCCCCGUCGCCGGGGGCUCUGUCGAAGCUGGGUUCCUAAGGGGGGGCCAGACCGAGCCGACGAACAUCACAUUGAAUACGGACACCCGGGAAUGGGGUGUGGUCGGCUUCGAAAAGAUGUACCUCGACACGUAG